CAAAGCGGGCUGCCGCAGAAGUUUCCACACUUAUUGUGGAGUAGAGAAUCGUGUUCAAAAUCAAUUUAUUGGAACAUUCAAAUCGUUCUGCAACAUGCAUGUUAACACAUAUAAUGAAACCCCCAAAACCGAUGAGCAAUGUGCGAUUUGCUUUGAAGACUUGUUGAAGAGGAGGGAACGAUUCUGUCGCACCCAGCAUAUUUUUGGCAAGUGCUGCAAGAAUGGCUGGUACCACAAGGACUGCUUGCAGCGCUACGCCAAUUCGGCUGGUUAUUUUUUCAAGUGCCCACUAUGUAACGACAUUACCGAAUUUAAAACGGUUACCUUCUGGGGCAUCUCAGUGCCGAAUCGCGAUGCAUUGUGGGAGGACAAUGAUGCAUAUGCCGAUCAGAUGGAGAUACCCACUGACUGUGUUGCCCAAAAUUGCGUCAACCCGUCUGGACGCAAGGGUAACUUGCGAACUUUAUUAUACUGUCUAUUGUGUGGCUCCAAUCCGUCACACACAAUGUGCACAAUGAUGAAGUCCGAAGACUAUUGCUGUGAGGCCUGCUCCGGCGUCUUACAUAAGCCAGAUGAGGCCAAGCCUAACAAAGAGCAUAAUGAUGCGGAUCCAUUAGAAGAUUUUGUUUUCAGGGCAAACACAAUAAGACUCAACCCAACCAAUCAGCCUCAGACAGAGACACAGGCACCGCAGCCACAGACACUGACACUGCUCUGUGCCCAAGACACAUCCGAUUCCGAGGACUCCUCGGGAUCUGAUUCAGACUCGGAAUCCGAUUUCGAUUGCUUUCUAUCACAAUUAUCAAAGCAGACAAAUGAGAAGGAGAACGUUGACAUGGCAGCACAACCCCUUAACAUUAAUAUGAUUCCGUCCAUUGAUGAACCGUUGCGCAUGCGCAACCGUCGUCGAACAGCUCCGACCGCUCGCCGUGCUCAGGACACUGCUACUGAACCGAGGCGUUUGCGUUCACGCUCAAAUAACAAUCGUGGACGUCCGUCGCUAUCACCCGAGGCCGUGGAUCGGCGCAACAACAACGAGGAGCGCGGCUCCGCCCGUAACCGUCGUCGUACUCAAAACGAUGCUGAAAAUACUAAUACAGGGACUUCGCGCGGACGCUCGCGCAUACGCACAUUUGGAUCGCAGGUGCGCAGCCGUGGCCCUUCGCCACUUGAUAUCUCGUGUGUGGCGAAUCGCACUCGCGCUCGUUCGCGCAAGUAA